AUGAGGAGCCUGGGAGACCUAAUCGUGCAGUCUCCAGAGGAUGGGAAGAUCGUUUUUCGCAACAUCCGGUGCAUCAGUGCAGGUGCCGCGCUGGAUGCAGGUCGUAAUCUUUUCCUGGAGGGUCCAGGCAGCAUUCACUUUGAGAAUUUGUACAGCCUUAAGGGUGGGGCGGCUGCAAGAGCAAACAGGGGUGUCAUCAACAGCACUGUCGGCAACCUGCUGAUUAACAAGUCUUUUGGGUAUUACAGAGGAGGCGCCUUUUAUGCUGGAUUAGGCAUACACCUCCACAGCGACGGCAUGGUUCGCUUCGAAGACUGUACUUCGAGCUGGAGGGGAGGUGCGCUGUCUUCAAGAGGUGACCUGACGUUGACUGGCAGUGCGACGUACAUGUUCCGACAGUGUAGCAGCAAAGGUAAGGUCAUCGGAGGUGGAGCACUCAGUGCCAUCGGCAGUGUCGUGGUGAAGCUGGAUUCAGGGGGCUCCGCUACCUUCCACGAUUGUACGGCACCAGCUGUGACCCGAGGUGGCUCGGGAGGGGCUAUCUCCAGCAACGCAGACAUCCACAUCAUCAGUAGCCGAGUCGUUUUCGAAGCGUGUUGGUCUGGGACAGGUGAUGGCAACGCCAUGAUUGCGGCCAGGGGCAAAGUCAUCAUCAGCGCAGACAGCCGCGUGUCGCUUUCAGACAGCAUGACGCGGUUCUCUGGCUCUGCGAUAUUCGCUCUCACAGCCAUCCUGCCCGUUGAUGCCGAUAUGGUGUCUGAUGUUUUAUCGCUUCGCCCGAUCCUAGCUUCGAAAUCAAGCACACAAGGCGACGACAAAUGUCCUGCAGGCUCGCGGUUCACCAUCAGCGACAGCGGUCUUCCCCGCACUGGUGAAUGCAGGCUAUGUGGCAUCGGUACCGCCUCGCUUGCGCCCACAAGAGUUCAGAUUCGAGAAAAGAUCAAAGCCCCUGCGCCUGGAAUGCGCCUGGUACUGGUCAAGAAGGAUUCCCCAAAUGCCAUCGAGUCUUUUGAAGGACUCGUUUUGACCAACAGCUCCGAUGGCAGCAGUUUGGGCUUGGUGGAAGGAGACUGGGACCCCAACCUCGAAGCAUCUACACUAAAGCUGGGCCGGCAGAAGCUGAACUUCACUUUCGAUCGAGGUGUUUUCAGGACUGCCGAUGGCUGGCUGUUGGCCGUUCCUUUUGGUUUGCUCUACCCAGAUACUAAGAUGGUGAUCAUAAAAGAAGAUGACGUCGAUUUGUGGACAGACAUGAACAAGUCCGUCAGGUUCCGCAUCGGCCGGCACGGUGAAGUUGGCCCCGCUUUUGCCCCGGGGCUGGUUUUGGGCUUCGAUCACGAAGUUAUCCCGGUUUUCGAUCCCCCAAAUCCAUACAAGGCGUGCGUGCCCUGCCACCUGCUGGCCAAGGAGUUUGCAGAGAAGUUGUGGUGCAAGGGGGCCACGCACGUGAGUUCUCUGCCCGGCUACAUGCUCUUCCAUGACUUCGCAACGCGAACGCUGGAAGUCCACGCAUGUCCCAACUCAUGGGUCUGUCCCGGCAGCAAUCUAAGUUUGACGGCCGAGGGCGAGCUCACAUCUUCCAGCCGGCUUUGUAGCGACGGCUACGAGAGGAGCCGCGGCUGUAUGAGGUGCUCUCCUGGAUAUGGCCGGCAGAAGUUGGAUCCUUUUACUUGCCGCAAGUGUCGGACGGGAUUGCUAGGACAGCUGAGCAAGACCAUGCUACUCAAUGGGUUGUUUUAUCUUUGGGCCAUGAGGUCUGCAAGGCCCCGGACCAACACCAGACAGAUUUUCAAGAUGUUCCUCGCUUUUCUUGCGAUUUCUUGUCGCAGCCUGGCCGCGGUACCACACACCCGACACUUCGGGAAACUGAAGGGCGAUUUCAAUUAUUUCGCACGGAUGUUGCGCCCAGCCUUCUUUACAGCGGAUGUCGUGAUUUCAGCCGAGCCUGGUUUGGGCGCAGAUUCUUUUGAUUGUUGGUUUGGCAAGCCUUUGGGUGUUUGCUCGAGUCUGGCCCUCUCCUGGGCCACGCCACUGGCGUUACUUCUGAUCUCUUUCGGCAUCCUCAGACGACACUACCUAAGGUCUUUGGUUAUAUGGGGCAAUGUCUUUGCACCCGGGCUCUUUGGUGCCGCAGCGAUGCUGGGUCCUUGCGUGGCAACACAGGAUGGUGGCCGGCGUGUUCUCAUGUAUGAGGCCACCUUCGAUACACAAUGUGCAUCUACCGUCCUGGCGGUGUUGCAGCUUCCAAGGUUCUGGCUUGCCAUGUUCACCAGCCUGGUGCUCUUCAUGUUGGGGCCAGUUCUCUGGCUUUACUUGACGAGUGAAGGUCGGGAGCAAGCAGAAGACCACAGGCUGACGAUUGGCUUCUUGGUCGCAGGAUAUCGUCCGACUUUGCGAUGGUGGGAGGUCACCGUCCUUGCAAGGAAGGCUGCCAUCUACGUUGUUGCGACCAGUUUUCCGAUGUCCUGGGCACCGGGGACACACUUGAUCUACCUUCUUGGUAUCAUCCUCGUUGCAGAACUUGUCCAUGUAACGGUGAAGCCUUACGAGAAUGCUUUCUUCAACAGAUUGGAAGCCCAGACCUUGGGCAUUUCCGCCAUUUGUUUGGCCCUGGUGCUUUCUUUACUGGUGGAGUGGCCCUUCAUGCCCUAUUCUUGUUAUGUCGUCGGCAUUACAUGCUUGUUUCUGAUCACUGCUGGUAUGUAUUUCUUUUUCAUUCGCCUUUACCUGAAAUCGGCCUUUGCCGCAAGUAAAGGCAGGCAAGUCUUCGAAACAGAGAUGGUUCCUCAGGUGACUUCAAGCGGCACCGCGUUCCAAGUGACCUCGCACUGA